UUUCUUCUCUUUUCCACUCCUGUUUGUUUGUUUUCUUUACAAUCGCCACCUUACACUUUUAAUUAUAUAUAAAGGCUUCGACACACAUACACACACAUAUUGACGCUUUCUGAAAAUGGUGAAAAAAUCCCAGGUUGCUGAUCUUGUGAACGCCCAUGCGCUUCUGGCCGACUCUGGCCUCGAAUGGUCAGUCACCACACUUGUCGCCGAGGCUGCGCAGACAGGCAAGGAUGACAAAACCGUGCAGGCCUUUUUGGAGACUGUGAUUUCCAAGGACGUCAAGCAGAAUCUUAAAGAGGCUGAAAAGAAAACUGAGAAGAAGGCUGAAAAGAAGAAGCCCGCAAAGGAGAGCUCGUCGUCUUCAAGCUCAUCCUCGUCUGAGUCCGACUCGGAAAGCGAUUCUAGCAGCAGCAGCUCUUCCUCGUCGUCAUCUUCUUCGUCGUCGUCAUCUUCGUCGUCGUCAUCUUCUUCGUCGUCGUCUUCUUCUUCUUCAUCGUCUUCUUCAUCGUCGUCUUCUUCGUCGUCGUCGUCCUCUUCGUCGGACUCUGAUUCUGACUCGAGCUCAAGCAGCAGCAGCAGCAGCAGCAGCAGCGAUGAAGACAAGGCGCCUGCCAAAAAGAGAAAGGUGACUGUUGAGACACCAGCCAAGUCCAGCGUUGCUAAUCCCAAGGCCACCCCACAGUCAGCCCCUGUUAAGCCCGUAGCGCCAACGCCCAACAACAGCGCCAAACGCGGUGAGGUUCGGAACGCCCCCAAGGUUCCUUUCUGCCGCAUCAAGCCUGAGGAUGUUGUCUAUGUCGAUGAGCGACUGAAGGACAAUAGAUAUACUUCCAAGGGUGGUGUAGAUAACGACUUUGGCUACAAGGCCCAUAUGGAUCUUAUUGUCACCCGAGGCAAGGGGUUCACCAAGGAGAAGAACAAGAAGAAGCGUGGAUCCUACAGCGGAGGCGCAAUCACAAUGGCCUCGCACUCUAUCAAGUUUGAUUAAGCCUAGAGUUAGGGUUUGUUGCGCCCUUGUGGACGGAUCCCCAAGCGUGCACUUAAAUUUUCCACGAAAAAUAAAUCAAAUAACGUAGAUCAAAAUUGCUAAAAGGGGUUUUUUGGUCAACAACCUGCAGUACGCUCACGUGUGGUUGCUGUCAUCUUUCU